AUGGAAAGCAUCAGAAGCUUAGUUGCAGAGAAACCAGUGGUGAUAUUCAGCAAAAGCAGUUGCUGCAUGAGCCAUUCAAUCCAAACACUGAUCUCAGGGUACGGAGCAAAGAUGACGGUGUACGAGCUUGAUCAGUUGUGUAACGGCCAGGAGGUGGAGAAAGCAUUGGUACAGAUGGGGUGUAAUCCGAGUGUACCAGCUGUGUUCAUAGGGGAACAGUUAAUCGGUGGUGCUAACCAGGUGAUGACACUCCAAGUCAAGAACCAACUAGCUGCAUUGCUAAGAAGAGCCGGUGCCAUUUGGGUUUAAAGAAUCUAUACUACUUUGUUUUGUUGCCUUCUACUACAAAUGCACUGUCAUGUCUUUAAACAACAAGUGCAAGUGUGUAAUCAGCAAUGCUUAUUCAUAACUAACAGAUGCUUUUUUUGCAUUAAUAA